CCCGGGGGUGCCCCGUGCUGUGCCCCCCCCUCCCUGGGCCGCUAAGCCGGGAUGAGCGCGGUGCCCGCGGCGGUGCCGCUAAUCGGGGGAUUGCGGUAAUCUGUGGGGCAGCGCCGGGCACCGCUGUCCCCCCCCCCGGGUUCGUGCUGGGGAAACUGAGGCCCGGGGCGGCCCCGGUUGGGUGCUCCGCUUUAACCCCCCCCUCUCUCUGCUCCCCCCGCAGCACCCGGAGCCGCUCCGUGCCAGGACAGCCCCAUGCUCUGCUCGGCCCCUGCGCCCCCCGCCUGAGAGCCCCCCAGCGCCGGAGGCCCCGCCAUGGCCAGCAACAGCAGCUCCUGCCCCACGCCCGGGGGGGGGCACCUGAACGGUUACCCCGUCACCCCCUACGCCUUCUUCUUCCCCCACAUGUUGGGGGGGCUCUCCCCGCCCAGCUCGCUGCCCGGCAUCCAGCACCAGCUGCCCGUCAGCGGCUACAGCACGCCCUCACCUGCCACCGUGGAGACGCAGAGCACCAGCUCGGAGGAGAUCGUGCCCAGCCCGCCCUCGCCGCCGCCGCUGCCGCGCAUCUACAAGCCGUGCUUCGUCUGCCAGGACAAGUCCUCGGGGUACCACUACGGCGUCAGCGCCUGCGAGGGCUGCAAGGGCUUCUUCCGCCGCAGCAUCCAGAAGAACAUGGUGUACACGUGCCACCGGGACAAGAACUGCAUCAUCAACAAGGUGACGCGCAACCGCUGCCAGUACUGCCGCCUGCAGAAGUGCUUCGAGGUCGGGAUGUCCAAGGAGUCCGUCCGCAACGACCGCAACAAGAAGAAGAAGGACGCGCCGAAGACGGAGUGCUCGGAGAGCUACAUCGUCACCCCCGAGGUGGAGGAGCUGAUCGAGAAGGUGCGCAAAGCUCACCAGGAGACGUUCCCCGCGCUGUGCCAGCUCGGCAAGUACACCACGAACAACAGCUCGGAGCAGCGCGUGUCGCUGGACAUCGACCUGUGGGACAAGUUCAGCGAGCUGUCCACCAAAUGCAUCAUCAAGACGGUGGAGUUCGCCAAGCAGCUGCCCGGCUUCACCACGCUCACCAUCGCCGACCAGAUCACGCUGCUCAAAGCCGCCUGCCUGGACAUCCUGAUCUUGCGGAUCUGCACGCGCUACACCCCCGAGCAGGACACCAUGACGUUCUCGGACGGGCUGACACUGAACCGCACGCAGAUGCACAACGCCGGCUUCGGGCCGCUCACCGACCUCGUGUUCGCCUUCGGGAUGCCGGCCUCACUCAGUUCACCUCCAGGGCUGCUGGCAGCCCCCAAGGCCCCGUACCCCCAGGAUGAGCUCUGGGGCUUCUUGGCAGCUAGACAGGAGAUAAAACUGCCAUGA